AAUUAAGUAAAAUGCGGGGAAGCCCCCACUGUAUCCGCUACGAUAUGUUUAAACCAAAGGUAAAACCUAUUAAUUUGGAAACAUUUUACAUUUUGGUAUAUCUAUCUAAACUGCAAUGAUGUUUUCAAAAAAGCUCUGGUUAAGGACAAAAAAGAACAAGCAUGAAAACUCAUUUAGAAGAAAAGAUGUCCUGUUAUCAAAAGAGAAUUUGUACUGGGAUGAUAUGCACCAGCGAGGAUACAGCGAUCCAGAAUCUUCCUGCAAUCACGUGAACCCAACUGUUGAAGAUGACAACACCGUUUGGAAGGUACGGGGGUGUCAGGGCGAGUCAGGUCAAUACUUAGAUCCCCAGUGUCAAGCAUUGGUUAUGAAGGAAACUGUGCUUUAUGGUCCAGGGAUAAAGGUUCGCCCUCUUCCACCUUUGCCACAAGCUACACCCACCAGCUCUAUCUACGAUUAUGUCGAAUAUCCCCAAAAGUACAGAAAUAUUGCAACAAACAGUAGUAAACGAGACGCAAUGAUUUGCCUCGUUAACGAGAUUGAAAAAAGCGAAGAACUUGGCCGAUGGAAGCAAUUUGUCGAGGCGUUGGAACGAUGUGGCUAUGAAUAUAUAUCCCGAUGCUUAAAAUGUCGUUCAGUAAUUGAUAAUAGUUACCAAAAGAAGUUCUUAAAAAUAAUGAGCGUUGCAGUACGAAAACAGAUCGUUCCAACGGAGUUGACAGCGUAUCUUUGGAAUGCCGAUGUUAUAAACGACGAAGACAAGCAGCGUAUUGAAUGUCAACAAACAUUGCAAGGUGAAAUUGCAGCAGCGGAUUUGUUAUUAGAAAUCCUACCAACAAAAAAAGAUAAUUGGUACAAACUUUUUAUUGACGCUCUUCGGCAUGCCGAAAUGAUUGAUGUGGCAAAUGUGUUAGAUCUUCCUGAACUACGUGAAGGAAAAACAGGGCCAAAGAUAAUUUCCACGAGAAAUGACCUGGAAUUUUCACCAGCCAACUCGAUGCAAGAAGUCACAGAAAGGAUACAAUGUAACCCUUUAAAUGAUGGAAUGAUAGCAAAGCAUCUUGAGCAUAGAACCUCGUCAACAUCACUUUAUCUAGUUGAAACGAAUCCUGAUAGCGACACCACCGCUUUGAAAAGCACAUCACCGGAUGAUGUAAAUGAACAAAAUACGAAAAUGAACAAUGAGAAUAAAGAUUCGUCGAACAUGAACAUAAUGGAGAAAGAAUUAUACUCAUGGUCUUCCUGGGCUUCUUUGAAAUCAGUACCAGACAUUCCUUUUUUCGUUGUCGCCCUGCAUUCACGGCAAAAGGAAAGGGAAAUGGAAUUGUCUAUAUCUGAAGGGGAUUGUCUGAAAGUGGUGGAAGAUUACGGGAAUUUCUACGGUGUGCAGCGUGGAGGCAAAACUUGGCUUAUUCCAAAGGACUCUGCAAAAGUAUUCGAUAAGGUACCAUUUCCGUUGCCGGAUGAAACGUAUACAUGUUGUCCUCCACUUCCAGAAAGGGAUUCUCCUUCACUACCAGAAAGGACACCAGUGGAUGCUUUCAAGAUUAAUGAUACAACAAACGCCGCAACGUAUAGUGAUGAUAAACGUUACGAAGAAGUUGAAUCACCCCAUCUACGAGUGGACGCUUUUAAGAUUAAUGAUACAACAGACACCGCAACGGAUUGUAUUGAUAUACCAUACGAAGAAGUUGAAUCACCCGAUCUACGAGAUACUGUCGACGAAGAAGUUUGUACUCAAGGAUCAUUAAACGAAUUGCUGGAUUGCCCUCCAUUUGUCAAUGCAUUUAAGAGGACAGAGGAUUCAAGGGAAAACAAUGUCAGAAAUUCGAAAUGUGUACAGGGAGGUAAUUUCGAUCACUUUGAACCAGAAUCAGAAUAUUCAUCGGAAGGGUAUUAUUCUGCUCAACACAUGUUAAGAAAUCGAACGGAAAAGACAUCUAGAGACCUGCCACUUCAAUUCGAAAUGUACAGAGCAUGCUCAACAGGUAGAAAGUCAUGGCGGAGUAGGGCUUCGUCCUUCAAAGAUUCCGCUAUCUACGAAUGCACUAACCUAGCACCAGUUAAGGAAGAUACAUAAAAGAAUCGAAUAUAUGUCUGAAAGAUAUAAGACAUUUGACCUCUUAAAAAUAGAUUACAUCUUUCGCCGAGUUUAUGGGAAAGUUUCCAUCAAGAAUAGACAAGGUGCUCCUCUCAUCAUUGUGAGCAACAUCUAUGACCUUGUGAAGUAUGGCUACAAGCCAUCUGAGUGAUCUUAGUCCUAACAUGUCUUUUGCCUUAGAGCUAACCUGAAAUUGACAUUGCUACACAUAUAAUAUUUGUCAUAAAUAUCUGAAAAUGUCUUAGUUUUACUGAAACAAAAAUCAAUAUCAAUAUUAUAAAUUCAUCUUUUUUUUGUGUAUGUAUUUAUCAACAUUUCUUUAUCUAUAUCUCCUUGUUUGAAAUACAGUCAUAUUUAAAUCAGAACCCUUGGGUCACAUUUACAAACAUCUCCACUGUGUCUUAAAAAGCUUGUGUCCUUGUUUGAAAUUCGUCACAUUUGAAGCAUUAGCCUUGAUUUACAUGUCCAUGGAUGCAUGUAUAGCUUCCUUAUUUUCAUUUCAUGAUUAAAAAAAAAGAUCAUAUGUAAUCAUCACCCUUGAGUCACAUAUACACACUGUACAUGACUAUCUUCCCUUGUUUAUAUUUCCUUGCUAGAAAUAUAUCCUGUUUUACUAAAUACACUUUGUUUCAGAUAUACAUCCAUGUAUAUCUUGUCUUAUCUAGAUUUCUUUGUCUAAGAUACUGUAUACCAUGAAUAAUAUGUUGCCUUGAUUCAAAUAUUAAUACAUGUAUCAUCUUGUCUUAUCCAUAUUUCAUUGACUAAGAUAUACCAUACAUAAUCAGUAUCCUCGUUUCUCAUACAAAUACAUGUAUAUUCUUUUUUUACCGUACAUGUAAAUUUUGCCUUAUUUAUAUUUCCAUCGGCUUGUUAGAAAGGUACCAACUUUGAAUAAGUACUCCUGACUCACAUACAAAUACAUGAAGGCAUACAUGUAAACGUUGUUUUAUCCAUAGUGCAUUGCCUAAGUUAAAAACCAUUCAUAGAUAGUAUCUUUGAAAAAAAUGUGACCCACAAAUAAAUACAUUUCAUUA